AUGUGUGAAAGAUAUAGCGAUGAUGAUGAUAAUGGUGAUAAUGGUGAUAGGAGCCCUCCUGAUGAUGGGGUAGAGGUUCAUGGUGAGGAUUUGAAAGUGGAAAUUGUGGUUGAAAAUACAGAACCGCAGAAGAAACCGAAAAGCAAUCGUUGGGCUAAAAAGAGAGCGCUACAAAAUAAAAAACCAAAAUUUAAAAUUAUAACGGAAGACAAAAACUGUUUUAGAAGAGUACAGAUAGAUGAUGUCGAAGUAAGGAAAUGUAUUAAGAGUGAAAGAGACAGCGAAUAUUUUAAAUCGAAGAGGUUCAAAUGUGGUAAUUGUGUUCUGGUGUUUGAAAAUGAAGAUGGUGUAACGAAACAUAAUGAUGUGUUUCAUGAUAAGCUCGGCAAACGAGCAGACGGAUUACCUGAUGGUAAGCAAUCAGCGCCGCCCAUGGACUCUCGCAACGGAGGAGUUACGAAAGUAGGAAGGAAUUCUUCAAACAUUACAAAGAUUGGCAUGAGAAAUUCAUUUGUGAUUAUUGCGGCAUCAACUUCAAAAUGCGCUACUGCAUUAAGGAUCAUAUCAGGUGACUCGCAAGUAGUGUUCUUAGACAUGUUUGACGAAAAUCGGUUGAGCCGUUUAGAAGUUAUGGGGGAAAAACAACAUUCUCCCUUCGAAUGUAAGCCGUGCAACAAGAAAUGGGCGCGAUACAAUGGACUCUGGUUACACAAUAAAACAACGCAUAUGGUACAUAAUACGGCUUACUGCGUGGAGUGCGAUCGACAGUACAGGGACAUAUAUAGGUAUCGCUGGCACAUAGCUAACAGUACGAAGCACACGAAACAUAAAAAACAUAGGAUCCCAUGUCCUGGUUGUGACAAGAUCUUUUCGAAGAAUAUCUAUAUGAAAGACCAUUAUAACUUGGUCCAUUUGAAGUGUUACAAGUAUCGCUGCGAGCAGUGUGAUAAGACUAACAAAAUACUGACGAACCACCUCCGCACUCAUACGGGCGAGAAACCUCACGUGUGUAACAUCUGUAACGCUAGAUUUGCGCAGAGUACUGCGUUAUCUGCACAUGCGCGAGCCAUACAUCACGCUGCUAGCAAAUCUAUGUAGAAUCAGGGUAGUUUCGUCAUUACUGAACAUAGGCC